AUGGAGGCAGGCAGACCAACAGCUAACUUGCAACCACCGCAGAAUACUAACCGCGAGCAACCUCACCAAGAAACGAUGAUGAACACAGCGUGUAGAAGAUGGAUCAGCGGCACGGCAGUGCCGCUGAUCAAGAAGAACAAGUUCCCGCCGCGGCCGCAGUUCACCCCAGAAAUGGAGGCACAAUGCACAGAAAAGUUCCUCCACGGUGGCAGAGGCCCCGGCGGCCAGAAGAUCAACAAGUGCAACUCCAAAGUGCAGUUGCGACACGAGCCCACGGGCAUCGUGGUCGAGUGCCAAGAAACACGGUCACGUGAGCAGAACCGCCGGCUUGCCCGGCUCAAGCUCGCGCGCGAGCUGGCCGCCGCGUCGUGCGACACGAUUCCCUCCAGAGAGGCCGCGUUGCAGCUGUGGCACCGCCAACAGAAACACGCGCAGCGCCGGCGCAGUAUCGCGAAGCACGAACGGCAUGGCGAGGCCGCUCGUGCUGAAAAAGAGGAGCGCGAGGCCCGGGACCAGGAGGCGCUGCGUGAAUUAUUCCGACGGUAA